CGCACGGCCUUCGUCUCCUCGUUGGCAACAGUAUCAGAUCUGCAGCCAUAGCAUAAGCAGCAGAAGCUACAGACACAAAGGAAAAUGAAAAAGUGAUUCUGUUUCAAUCGCCGGGAGCUUCAGACUAACUGAGUUACCAAUUAUCCGGUGAAUAACCGUUGAAACACCGUGGCAAGCGUUCACCGAAGAAAUUAAUUCCAGAGGCAAUCAACAAGCACUGCUGAAAUUCACUCCAACCGCUACAACCUCGGUUAAAGGAAACGCGUAUCUACAAUGGCGAAUACGCCGAUGGUUCCGCCUAACGCGGCGAUGGGGAAUCCAAAUUUAGAUGGAGGCGUACCGGCGCCGCCGCAGCCGCCUGGGACGGAUAUGACCGGGAUAUGCUUUAGGGAUCAGCUGUGGCUGAACACCUACCCUCUGGAUAGGAACUUGGUGUUCGAUUACUUCGCUCUUUCUCCUUUUUAUGAUUGGACCUGCAAUAAUGAACAGCUCCGCAUGCGCUCCAUUCACCCCCUCGAUCUCUCUCAGCUGACCAAAAUGACUGGCAUUGAGUUCUCGCUUAGCGAAGUUAUGGAGCCCCAUCUUUUUGUCUUCCGCAAGCAAAAGAGGGAUAGUCCUGAGAAAGUUACACCGAUGCUAACGUAUUAUGUCUUGGAUGGUUCAAUUUACCAAGCUCCCCAGCUUUGCAAUGUCUUUGCAGCUCGACUAGGACGGGCUUUAUUUCACAUAUCAAAAGCUUUUACUUUUGCUGCUACGAAAUUGGAAAAGAUUGGAUACGUUGAUGCUGAAAAUGAGAGCGGGCAUACUGAGUCAAAGGCUCCGAAAGAGACUAUUGAUUUUAAGGAGCUUAAGCGAGUAGAUCAUAUUCUUGCUUCUCUACAACGCAAGCUUCCACCAGCUCCACCGCCGCCUCCAUUUCCAGAUGGUUAUACUCGCCCUUCAACAGCAGAAGCAUCAGAAAACCAGCCAGCGGAGGCUCAGCCGCCUCCGGUUGAUCCCAUCAUUGAUCAAGGCCCAUCUAAGAGGAUGAGAGUUUGAAACUGUGCAUCUGUUCCCAACUUGUGUCCAGUUGCUGCAAUCGGAAAGCAAUCUCCAUUUUGCCUUUUUCUUUCAUUAGUUUUAGCCUUUGGAUGUAGGUGGCACUCAGCAGCAAAUCCCAACCAUUUCUAUCAUUUAAGCUAUGUUUGAAGUGAAGCAUUAACCAUACACAAGCAGUUAAUAUUUGUACAUGUAAAGUGAAAUUUUAGCCCAUCUUAAGGGAAAAAUUUUCAAAUGUACUUGAAAAAAUAUAAUCUUUAGUUCCUUGACUAU